GUGGCCAGAGAGUGGAAGAAAAGGUGGGUGUUUCCAAUAAAGUGGCCAGUUAGUGUACAUACAAGGUGUCCAGUUUUGAGAAAUGGGUGGAAUUCCCCUUUAAGCUCCAGGCCUGGGCACAGGGUUUGUAGAAUAUGUAGAAUAAAAUUCUGAUUAAUUGAACUGCAGCGCUGCAGCCAACAGUAAUGUUCUUCUGUUCUAACCUUAUUUUUUCCUUGUUCUCGUGCAGUUAUUCCAACAGAACGCUUGUUUAUGAGGGAGACUGUGUUAGCUAUGUUGUUUUCCAGUCUGUGCUUAUUGUUGUUAGUUGUUAUUCCACUUUUUUUUUUUAAUAAUUUCUCUGUUGGUAUUUUGCCCCCGAUACACAGUUUCCUGCCAUUGUCUGUCGCAGACGGCCCCUGGCCUCCUUCGAGCGGGUCCCUCCCACCAGCCCCAAACAUACUCUCAUACUCUCUCACACGCACACAUUCUCUUUCUGUCCUUUUCCUCCUCCGCUCGCAGCCGCAGAGUUUGGGGGAUCCUGAUACCGGCCGACCGGAGAGCAGAAAGAGGGCGAAAAAGUGCCUGAAUACGCAGAAGGAUAAGACAGACAUACACUUCCACUUCCACUUUAGCUCUAUUUAUCCCUUUUUUGCCUUUUGUUGUGGACAGUUGCUUUCAGCCGAGGACAAAAAGUGACACCCUGGACGAUUGGUGCAUUGACCAUGCCCAACGGUGCGCUGUAGAACUCGUCUAACACUGGAUGUCCAUACCGUUAGCUGAUGGAAUUACAUCCACAGUCCGGAGCGUAGAGUCUGAGCCCAGAGGCAGCCAUCACUCAGCAGGGCAGAAGUGUGUAUAGUGAGCUUGUGUGUUUGUACAUCGCUGAUGGAUCUGCGCGUGGGAGAACGUCUGAUGCGUCCUGCAGGAUCAGACACGGCUCUGCUCUCACCGCUGCAGCGCCCCCUAUUGCUCAGCCCAUUCACUCCGCAGCACUGCGCACAGUACAGCCAGCACAUACGGUUUAACAUGGAGCAGCAUCUACGCGACCAAGAAGAGGAGAAGCAGCAGCUGCAGCAGAUACGACACAAGGACAAGAGCCAGCAGAGUGCGGUGGCCAGUUCGGUGGUGAAGCAGAAGUUAGCAGAGGUGAUUCUGAAGAAGAAGCAGGCGGCGCUGGAGAGAACCAGCUCGAACCCCCUCAGCACCCCGCCGGUGGCUUACAGAGAGUUAGCUCCGGACCCCAACGUUUCUCUGCAGCCCCUCCUCUCCUCCCCCCCACAAACCCUCAGUGAAGGACCUGAUGAGCCCCCUCUGAGGAGAGCAACCUCUGAACCAAACCUGAAGGUGAAGCAUAAAUUAAAGAAGCACCUGCACACCAGGAAAAGCCCACUGACCCGCAAGGAGAGCGCCCCCCCCACCAUUAAACACCGCGGACCCGACACACUGGAUUCAUCCCCCAGUAGCAGUAGUACUCCAGUGUCUGGCUGCAGUUCCCCUAAUGACAGUCUGCCUAAUGAGAACGGAGUGCUGCCCCCUGCUGGCGGUCUGACACACGAGGCUCAGAGGCUAUUACUCUCAGAUGGUUCUUUGGCUCAUUUCUCCGUCCCGGCUCCCUCCACACUCCCCACUAUCACGCUGGGGCUUCCUGCUCAUGCUAAGGUGGAGGGUGAUGUGGGCUCCCUGAAGCUGGGCCGUGUCCCCCUAGUGUCUGGUGGUUCUCAGGUUUUGCUCCCUCUUGGUGUAGAGGAGCAGAGUGCCCCCUUGCUGCAGCCCGUUCUCAUUCUGGAGCCAUCAGGCCUCGUCCACGCACCGCUGCUGGCUGUUCCAGGUUUGGGUCCAGUUCCCCUGCAGUUCAGCGCUCCUGCUGGACCCCAUAAGCCCCUCAGCCGGACGCGCUCAGAGCCGCUGCCCCAAAGCCCUCGAGCCCUGCACACACACCUGCUGCAGCAACAGCACAGCGCACAGCUUCUGGAGAGGCUCAAACAGCAGACACACCUGGGCAAGCUCAUGUCGAAGUCGAGUGAGAAGCCACGGCUCCGACAGAUUCCCUCUGAGGAUAUGGACUCUGAGGAGGUGGGACCAUCUACGAGUGACGCCCACCAGAGGGCGGAGUCACUGAGGGAGACGGAGAGUCAGGAGGAACAGCUCAACCUACAGCAGACACUCAUACUAAACCAGUCUCGUCUGUGGGAGACGCAGAAGCAGCUGCAGCAGAUGCGCAGACAGACCGCCCACAUGGAGACCCUGGCAGUUCCCAUGAUGCUCGGUGGCGUCCACAGGCCGUUGUCCCGCACGCAAUCAUCCCCCGCCUCUACUUCACACACGCUGCCCGAGAAAACAAUGCCCAUUGCCACAGCAGCCGAGCCACACAGCCAACCACGCUUCACCACGGGUCUGGUCUACGAUUCACAGAUGUUGAAGCAUCAGUGUACCUGUGGAGAUAACAGCAGUCACCCAGAGCAUGCUGGGAGAAUCCAGAGUAUCUGGUCCCGCCUGCAGGAGAGAGGCCUGAGGGGCCAGUGUGAGAGUAUUCGGGGCAGGAAGGCCACUCUGGAGGAGCUGCAGUCUGUUCAUACUGAGCGUCACGUUCUGCUGUAUGGCACAAACCCCCUCAACCGCCUCAAACUGGACAACCGCAACCUCGCAGGCAUUCUGUCCCAGAGGAUGUUCGUCAUGCUGCCGUGUGGAGGAGUUGGGGUAGAUAAUGACACCAUCUGGAAUGAGAUGCACACAUCUACAGCGUCGCGCAUGGCGGCUGGCAGCGUGACUGAGCUGGCCUUCAGAGUGGCUAAAGGAGAACUGAAGAACGGUUUUGCCGUGGUCAGACCACCAGGACAUCAUGCAGACCCCUCUAACCCCAUGGGUUUCUGCUUCUUUAACUCGGUGGCCAUCGCUGCUAAGCAGCUGCAGCAGAAGCUGAACGUCACUAAAAUCCUUAUCGUGGACUGGGAUGUUCACCAUGGCAACGGCACCCAAGAGAUUUUCUACAAUGACCCCAGCGUGCUGUACAUCUCGCUCCAUCGCUACGACAACGGCAACUUCUUCCCUGGCAGUGGAGGACCAGCAGAGGUGGGUUCUGGUGCUGGUGAGGGGUUCAAUGUGAACGUGGCGUGGACCGGAGGUCUGGAGCCCCCGAUGGGCGAUGCUGAGUACCUGGCUGCCUUCAGGACGGUGGUGAUGCCGAUUGCUCGGGAGUUUUCUCCAGAUAUGGUUCUGGUCUCAUCUGGAUUUGAUGCUGCAGAGGGACAUCCGGCACCAUUAGGAGGAUACAAAGUCACAGCCAAGUGUUUUGGGUUCCUGACCCAACAGCUGAUGGCGUUGGCAGGAGGGCGUGUGGUUCUGGCGCUGGAGGGGGGUCACGACCUCACAGCAAUCUGUGACGCGUCAGAAGCCUGCGUCAGCGCUCUUCUGGGACUGGAGGAUCCUUUCCCAGAAGAAGUUCUCCUGCAGAAGCCCAAUACUAAUGGAGUUCUGUCACUACAGAGAGUCCUGCAGAUACAGAGUCAGUACUGGUCAUGUCUGAAGCCACUGAUGGGCUCAGUGGGUUUAUCGUUCCUUGGUGCUCAGAAAGGAGACUGUGAGGAGACUGAUGCGGUGAAGGCUUUGGCUUCUCUCUCUGUGGGCGUUCUGACCAGCAAGAGCCUCCCUGAUGAGCCUAUGGAGCACGACCAGUAGGCCUUGUAGGCCCCAUGUCCACUUUCCCUCCAUCCGGCUGUCCAAUCACAGUGGAGUUCCAUGUCACAUGACUGCGAGAGUCAGCCUCUCUCGCUGCCUUAGGACCAGCAGUGCCUUCGAUGGGAGGGGCUGUGGCGACGUCACUUCCUGUUUUACUCCUAUGCUACUUCCUCCUAGGCUCUAUAUUGACCGUGUGUCAGUAGAGCAAUGUGGUUAAGCUAACCGGAAGUCUUCGGAAAAACCCGGAACUUUCUCUCCAUCCACUCCCAGAUCCGUACACUGACAUGUUAGAAGGUGACACAUUUUCACCUUUUUUUUUUCUUUUUUAACUGCAAAUCGGACCCUAAACAGGGGCAUUCCUGAGCGAUUACUCUCCGUUUUAUUCCCCUGUGCCUUGUGGAAUGGACCGAUCCACUUUUGCUGGAGAUGAGAAGCAGGAUUUGAAGACAAAACUCACUUUUGAGUCAUUUUGCUCCUUCCUCAUUCUCAUCACUGUUUUGCAUGUGAGGAAAUCCCUGGGGGGGAUUUUUUAGCGCCUGGCAACCACAAAAGUGGGUCCUCACUCUUUUUUAUCAAUGAUGUCAUUUCGUCCACGACGUUAACCACUAAAGAAGAAAAAAGAAGGAAGAUUUGGACAAAUUGUUUAUUCUUUGUUAUUGUUAUUUUUUUGCACUGUGCAUUCCAUAAUGUGAACUAUGAUACAUAGCGUUUCUUUUUGUUUUAUUAUUCCAGACCUCGGGGACAAAAAAGGUCUAAGUUAUUUACAUAACAUUAGAUCAUUUUUUUUUUCUAAAUGAAGCAAAGCAGAACUGUUUUCAGUUCAGUCACAGUCGGUGCUCAUCCGUGGCUCACCGGCUGAGUGUGUUUAAGUGUUAAACGCUGCUUUUCGUGCACACUCGGCCCAAAUGCAGCUUCAGUUCAUGCAAAAACACACACCGAGUUGCUCUGCGCUACUCUGUGACCACUGUAUAUGAGUUUUCGCUGACCAGGGGAGACUUUUAUCUCUCCGAAUAGAAAGUAAACCAGGCUGAGCAGCUUUAACCCUCAAGUUUUGCCAAAAUUGAAGUAAUUCCAUUAAUUACAUACAUUUAUUUCCUCAUUGGGUGGCUAAAUGUACAACUAAUAAGAAUGAAUUUAGAAUUAGCCCAUUUUCAUUUUCACUGUGUUCUUUUGUCCUUAUUAAAAGCCUCUGUUUCAUCACAAAGUAGCUGCACAUUUCAGAAAGACCAUAAAUAAGCAUAAAUAUGGCCAUACAUGAACAGCAAUAGCAUCUCCAUCAGAUCAUUUCCAACAGAUCAUCACAAUGGUGGCAUCAUCAUUACAGCUGACCAGUCAGUAUCCCUCUCUGUAGUCACAUAUCCAAUAUGAGUGAAAAACUAGUUUAGUCUGUUUUGGACAAUACUCCAACAACAGAUUAAAUCAGAAAACUCAGAAAUGACCAUCAAGCAUUAUUAUUCCACCAAAUAAUGAAUAUGUUUGUGAUAUUUAGACUUUACAUGAACAAAUAACAGAUUUCAGAACCUCAUAACUCACUUUUUUCUUACUUACAUUUUUCCAGCUACAUUGUAUGAAUAUUUCUUGAAAAAUAGACCAAUAGAAAUGAUCAAAAUUAUAUAUAUUUACUUUAAUUGGAGUAAAAUCAUGCUGCAUUAACCCCUUACAUGCCAGGCUUGCAUUCUUCACUUCUGUAAUUUAGGAAUACUACGUCAGUUUGCAUAAAUUAGGGUGUAAUCAACCUGCGAAUUUAAGGGGGUUAAUAUAAAAUAAGGAACAUUUAUCUUUAUACUAUAACAUUACAAUGACAGUGAUGACAUACAUACAUAUAUAUAUAUAUAUAUAUAUAUAUAUAUAUAUAUAUAUAUAUAUAUAUAUAUAUAUAUAUAUAUAUGUGUGUGUGUGUGUGUGUGUAUAUAUUAUUUUCAGUCAAAUCCUUCUGAAAUGGAUCCCCGAGCCAAAAUCAUAAGCAGCGAUGAUGAAAGCUGAUGAACUUUAAGUGUGUUUUUGAGCUCUUAAAGCAAACAUGAGGGUUAAACAUCUCAGCUUCUUCAGUCUUCUCUUCCAUUUUCUACAUUCUUUUGUCUCCAAAUCAGGAUUUCUUUGCACUUGACCAAAAAUCUGUACUUGCCUUUCAACAGGAGGUUAAAAUAUGCGCUGAACAUCACAUCCCAUACAAGUUAUCAUAAAACUAGAAAUGUCUUAACUUGUCUUUCCUUUUGCGCUGCAUGUUUUAUUCAGGAAAAGUCUAGUUUGAACCAGUUUAAACCUGUGGAUGCGGUUUUCUUUCCAUGCUCUGCACUCAGAAGUUACUUUUGAAAGCUUUGAGAGUGUUUUUUAAUGACUUGUGUUGUUUUCUGCUGGUAACCUAUGUUCCAGAUGCCACUCUUAAAGCGAUUUUUUGGGGAAAAGAAUCAAAUUCACCCCCCUUAUGCCAAAUGCUAUUGAUUAGCCAAUACAUGUUUGGGGUCUGGAGUUUUCUUCUUAAGUUGAGCACUGGAGUUACGAGGCUAAUGUAGCUAACAAGCAGUGGAUUUACAGUUAACGGCAUGCCUAAAUCACUGCUCGCCUCAAAGCGUGUGUUCAGUAACAAUAAUAGAGUCUAAUAGUCUUGAUUAUGUGGUUUCUGACACUGUAUGAUACACUGUUAUCUAGAAACAUGGACUAAAGUAUGUUAGCAUAAAGCUAAAAACAGUAGCAACCACCUGGAAAACUGAAGAUUGCUGGAACAGACACCAAACCUGUCUUGGCCAAUCAACGGCAUUUGAGAUAAGGUGGAAAAUUGUGUACAUUUGAUUUUUGCUCGCUUUGUUGUGUGUGUAAUGUUAAAAAUGCGCAUCAACCACGUCUUUUUUUAAACAGUGUUUUACGUUUCUACUGUCGUCAGUUAAUAUAAUCAUGUUGUACCGACCAGUUAGCCAGAAUUGGCACCAGUGCACUGAAUCACUCAACCAGAUACUGUAUACUCUUCGGUUUCCGAAAGCUGCGUAAUGUAUGCGUACGUGGGUGUGGCUUAACUCUGUACAGUAGCAGUGAAAUGUUUGGACCCAUCUGGCUGCAUGUUUUUCAUAAACAUUUUGAUCUAAAGACUUAAGCUUAAGUGUUUAAACUUUGUUUUGAAGACAAAUGUGAGGAGGGAAAGUGCAGAACUGCGCCAUCUGCUGGUCACGUUCAAAACAUUUGAAAUCGUCAUUCAUUUUGACGUAUACAUUUUUUUGUUAAUUAUCCAUUUGAUCAUUGAUGUGAAGUCGAAUAUAACUGAAUAUGUUUUGAACAUGUUAUAAUAUUAUUGUGUACUCUAAAUAACUGUAAAGUUCACCCCCAAUUUAAUUAACUUAGCCUAUGAUUUAAAUGCAAACAGCAGGGGGCGCACUGACCACUUUUCUUUCCUAUAUUGAAGUUGAUAAAUACACUUUCUCCAUAUAUGACUAAAAUGUGUGUAAAUUUAUUUCUAAAAUUUGAUACAAUUUGAUUUAUUAACUCUCUCACAACAACUAGCUCAGCAGCCAGAUUGGAGAAUCUAAAAUAUAUAACAACAGUAGUUUAUUUGCACUGUUAUUCUAAGGUGGAAAGUAGUAAAAAUAAGAAAAGUUCUUGAGGAACAGGGUGUCCAGCCUUGUCACUGCUACUGUAUUCACGCUGUCCUUGCGCGUCUAUCAGUAGAUUAUUGAUUUAAGCCGUCACAGUGUGAUCAGUUUUCUCGUCUCAGUGUCUGAAUGCUGUCGUUCUCUUUGACAGAUCCGCCUUUUCGGGAGAGAUGUUGAAUUUGUGUAGCUGAUAAAACGCACCAGCGCUCAUGGUGACCAAAUGUCAACAACGCUGAACCUCUAAACGCUGCGUCUAAACAAACAUACCAUAGAUGUCCACUACAGUUCACCUACACUGCCUGCGGAAGUUUGGGGACAAUUUGUCAAAAUGUUUUUAGUGUGUUUUCUGUUACUUUUCAAUAACUUGACAUAAUACUGAAAACUAAAUAGAUGUUGCCCUUUUUCUUUGCAAAAAAGCUUCAGAACUUUAGCAACAGCUGAUAAAAAUCGUACAUUGGGCCAAAAGAGCUUCCAUAUAAGACUUUAUAACAAUAGUAAUAUUAUCAUUAACAAUUAUAAUAAUAACAGGACACUAUAUUCAUAUUGAACUUUUAUGUUUAAAAUGCAGCUCAAAGUGUUUCACAAUGCAGUAAAAAAAGAACAGGCCAAAUGCAAAAAACGAAGUAAAAAUGUGUAAAAAAUAGAAUAAAAGUCCAACUCCAAAGUUAAAGUAAUGAAAGCAAUAAAAGCUUAAAAGCUGUUGAUCGUGAAAUUUAUCGUGUUGUCAGCAGCCAAUCAGAUUUAAGAAUCUAAAAUAUUUAACUUAGAUAUUUGACUAGCAUCACAUGAUGAAGACUUUGAAUAAUGAGAAACAAAUGAUGAAAAAUAGUAUUCAAUUAAUUUAACCUUAAAAUUAGCUAAAUUGCGAUGAAACAUUUACAUUUUUUCUUGCUUAAACUGAAUAGUAACGGCAUGGAUGUGAUAGUUGGAAAAAAUGUAAAUUAUUUUGAAAUCAGUUUUUAUUUUUUAAUUUACAGAAGGUCCAAAGAAAAUGCUCUCACUCCAAAUCACGUGUGGUAGCGACACUGAGUGAUUUUAUAUGGAACACGCUUUGAUGUGUUUAAAAACCAGGAUGCGGUGCAUCUUUAAAGGGCCCAUAUCCUGUAUUUUUGUUGUGGUCAACUUAUAACAUUUGUGAGGUUUUAUGUAGCCCUAAUUCAUUUCUAUCUGACUGUUUUCAGCCUCUCUUUAACCAUCAGAAUUAAACUGGCUAUUUUUCUUACUGUGCAUUUAAGGCUAAUAUAUGCAAAUGAGCUCUGUUGUGAUUUGUCGUGUAUUGUGCCUCAUUCAGAAAGCAGUCUGAGCUGAAACCCUCCUUAUAAAUUUACUGUGAGUGGGUGGGGCUGGUUUUGAAACUACAAACAACAUCAAACUCUCAUAUUUAAAAAAAAACUUGAAGGCUGUUCAUGACAUGGGCCCUUUAAAAGUCAUUCAUCUUCUGCUAAAAGUCUAGUUAUUGUACCUUGAGGAUCUCUAUAAAGUCCAAAGUCUUUCUGAUUAAUCCUAUGCUUUAAUUUCAGAUUUCCAAAGAAAGCAAAAUGUCCUCAAACUUUUGACAGCCAGUGUUUUCCCAAUUUUGGCAUUCCAGAUUUCUAGAAUAUUUUCUAUAUUCUCUUUCCUUCUUUUUGCUCUUCGCCACAUUGCCUUUUAACCAAACCACUAUGAAUAGCUGUGUGUUUGUAUGAUUUCUGUACAUAAUGUUGAAGCGUAUAUCGUCUCUGUCAGGUUGUCGUGACGACUCUGGGUUUUUAGCCUCAGCCCAGGAGAACCUGCACACUGUGUAACUGUAAUUGAUGCGAAAUGGAUGACGGGACGCGCCGUGCGUUAGCGGACGAGGCCGAAAUAGACGACCCAGACAGCCGUCUUGCUGUGUGGAGUUCAGAUGAAGUGGGUCACAAACAGAACAGUCCUCGCCAGCAGCUCAAGUGCUCAUAAAUUUGUGUUUGUAUGCAUUUCUGCGCUGAAAUGUGUCGAGAUUUAUGACAAGUAGGAUGCUAAACCAGCAAACAGGCACAAACACUUGAUCAACGUAUAGCCUUAAAGAGGAAUUCCACCAAAAUUCCUUCGUAAUUCAGAGUGCUUUGGUGUGAAAUGGUUCAGAUUUCUUUACAGUGGUGGUGAUAGGAAAAAGCAGUCGCCAUGACCACAACACAAAUAUGUACAAUUUAUUUACUAUCCAAAAGCACUAGUGAACCUACACGUGUCUUCUGAGUUUUAUAUGGAAUGUUGAUGAUUUUAACAAUGAAAUCUUCUCAAAAACUAUUGUGAAACAAGGUCUCAUCAGGCAGUGUAUUCAUAACCACCUCGUAUAUCUGUGAGGGAGGUUUUAGAGGUGGACAUCUGGUUCCUAUCGCCAUCACUGUGAACAAUUCUGACUAAGUUUGUCUAAAAUAGAGCAUUUCACUCCAAAACACUCUGAAUGACUUUUGAACCACUCAGCUAUGCUGAAAUUUAAAAAAAAUCAGUGGGAUUGCACUUCAUCUGUCCUACUUUUGCUGAAUUUGUUCUCGUACACAUAACCUUGGGGCUGGAGAACAGUGCAUGUGCACCAAAAUGUACCCAAUUUCCUUCAACACUCGUCUUACUGACGGAUUUUUACCGUUCAGGAUCUCCUAGAGAACAAAUGUUACACCUAAAGGGCUCAUGCUUUUUUUACUUAAUAAAUAGCAAACAAAUACCAAAUUUUCACGAUCUACACUCACUUUGAGGCCUGAAUUUAGCACCACUGAAGGAAAUUGGCGGACAGUUCGAACUGUAGCUAGCUUUACAUUUCUACUCACUAGAGGGCGCUGAUAUUCCUGUCACACAGUAAACAUGUUUUGGUAUAUUUUUAUGAUAGCUUUGUGCAUUUGUACUGUUUUGGUAUACCUCCUGAUGUGUUUGUACUCUUUCUUAUGCUUUUGAUGAGGCAGAAAACAGCGAAGGUGGGGUUAUAUUUUUGUGCUUUAUUAUCAGCCUGUAAGGACUAGACACUCGUCGGCCGCUGAGCCACUAAUGUCUUAAUUUUCUCCUGUAUUUUUAUCCUCUUUAAAGCUCUCCAGUGUAAAUAUUUACCCAAGACCAAAAAGAAAACUUCACCCCUGUGCCUUCAGCUCUCCACUAACUGGAUCUCAUUAACAAAGAACGACUCUUUUCCAAACCUACAUGUACUUAACGAUUACUUGUAUUUCUUAUUGGCCUUUAAUUCCUGUGUAUGUAUAGAGAAGAAUGUCUAUUUUGUACUGUCUCUCUCUUCCUAAUUAAAACGGAAAGCAUAUUGUUUGCCUGAA